UGGGCUUAUAUGCCUGAUGAGUGAUAACCCCAACCAUUUAGGCGGAGCAUUCAAUAAAACACUUGCCUCGUUUCCAUCGACAACUUCUCCAUAUCUCUCUCUUCUCUCUAUUUCCCCAUCUCCCUGUCUCACUACAUUGCUCUGAUUCUUGUUCACGUCAAGCUUGGCAUUUUCUGUUUUUCUCAAUGGCAAUGGAUGCUUCACUGACUAUGUGCAAGUCGGUCACAUCACCUCCUGGCUUAUUCUUGGGGAGAAGUAGAGUUAUUAGGAGUUCCCAGUGUACCUUUAUGGUGGGAAGCAGGAUCAACUUUCCUAGGCAGAAAGCUCAGUCAACCCAAGUUAGAUGUAAAUCUAGCAGGUGUGGAGGAGCUCUUGGUGCUAAAUGCCGUGCUGAGAAAAUUUUGGUGGCAAAUAGAGGAGAAAUUGCUGUUCGUGUAAUCCGAACAGCUCAUGAGAUGGGAAUACCAUGUGUUGCUGUUUACUCUACAAUUGAUAAGGAUGCACUUCAUGUGAAGCUGGCUGAUGAAUCAGUUUGCAUAGGCGAAGCACCAAGCAGUCAAUCGUAUUUAUUGAUUCCAAAUGUCCUAUCUGCUGCAAUUAGCCGUAACUGUACUAUGCUUCAUCCUGGGUAUGGUUUCCUUUCUGAGAAUGCGGUUUUUGUAGAAAUGUGCAGAGAUCACAGGAUCAACUUUAUUGGGCCUAACCCUGACAGUAUUCGUGUUAUGGGUGACAAAUCAACUGCACGAGAAACAAUGAAGAACGCGGGUGUUCCUACUGUUCCGGGAAGUGAUGGAUUGUUACAGAGUACAGAGGAAGCAAUCAAGCUUGCCCAUGAGAUUGGCUUUCCUGUGAUGAUCAAGGCCACAGCAGGUGGUGGAGGGCGUGGAAUGCGUCUUGCUAAAGAGCCUGAUGAGUUUGUGAAGUUACUGCAGCAAGCCAAAAGUGAAGCUGCAGCUGCAUUUGGAAAUGAUGGAGUUUAUUUGGAGAAGUACAUCCAAAAUCCAAGGCACAUUGAGUUCCAGGUUCUUGCGGAUAAAUAUGGUAAUGUUGUUCACUUUGGUGAGCGAGACUGCAGCAUCCAGAGACGUAAUCAAAAACUUCUUGAAGAGGCUCCUUCUCCAGCAUUGACACCAGAGUUGCGGAAGGCCAUGGGUGAUGCAGCAGUAGCUGCAGCAGCAUCUAUUGGUUACAUUGGUGUAGGAACUGUUGAGUUCCUAUUGGAUGAAAGAGGUUCCUUCUACUUCAUGGAAAUGAACACUAGAAUUCAGGUGGAGCAUCCUGUAACUGAAAUGAUUUCCUCUGUUGACUUGAUUGAAGAACAAAUUCGUGUAGCUAUGGGAGAAAAACUGCGCUACAAACAGGAAGAUAUUGUGCUCAGAGGGCAUUCCAUUGAAUGUCGUAUCAAUGCAGAAGAUGCAUUUAAAGGGUUCAGACCCAGACCAGGGAGAAUAACAUCGUACUUGCCAUCUGGAGGCCCAUUUGUUCGAAUGGAUAGCCAUGUUUAUUCUGAUUACGUAGUUCCUCCAAGCUAUGAUUCAUUACUUGGAAAGCUUAUCGUAUGGGCUCCAACAAGGGAAAAAGCAAUUGAGCGCAUGAAAAGGGCUCUUGAUGACACUGUAAUUACAGGGGUUCCUACAACAAUUGAAUACCAUAAACUCAUCCUUGAUAUUGAGGACUUCAGAAACGGAAAAGUUGACACUGCUUUCAUUCCAAAACAUGAAGAAGAGUUGGCAGCACCACAGAAAAUGGUAGUAGCAAAAAGCCCAGCCAAAGAAUUAACAAGUGCAACUGCUUAGAUCAAAGAUGGUUUAUUUGCAACUUGUGUAAUGAUUCAUGCACUGAGAAAAUUGUUUGAAAUUUUGAUAAUCCACUCUUUCGUUUCAGUGUUGUAAUGUUUGCAUAAUGGUGAGUAGAAAUCGUUGAUAUGCAGACAUUCGUCUUGCAGUUAAAAACUAUCAGAAUUAAUGACUAAAGUUGGAAACUUUAGUUUC